CGUCCCGCCCCGCAUCAAACCCAGCCCAGCCCAGCCCAGCCGAGGCGAGCCCCUGCCGCGCCGCAGACUCCGCGAGAAUUCAACGAGACUGGCGCCGCGCCUCGCGGACGCGGAAAAAGCCAGUAGUGAUGAUACUAUAAUAGUGACCCGCGGCGGCGGCGGCCACGGCUUGGAGUUGGAGCCGCGCGCGAUGCCGGGCGCGGAGGCGACGACGGGGAGGCGGCGGCCGACGACGGCGUCCGAGCGGCGGCGCAUGUACCGCGACCUGGCGCUAGCGCUGCGGUGCGGCCUCCGCGACGCGGCCGCGGGGCUCUCCUUCCUGCGCCUGCGCGGCCUCCGCGCGCUCCUCCGCGCCCUCCGCGCCACCGACGCCGACCUCGGCCUCUUCCGCGACUCCCAGGCCAUCCGCGACCUCCAAGUGGUCCCGGUGCUGUUCGAGCACAGCCUGCGCAGGGCGACCGCAGGCGGCGACGCGGUGGUCACGGUAGCGCAGGUGCUGGGCAUGGAGCCCGCCGCCGCCAGGCUCAGGAACCCCGCCACGGACUCCGAGGUCGUGCUUGCGCUCAGGGUGCUCCAAGGCUGCUGCCUCCUCUGCCCGGCCUGCGCCGCCGCGGCGCACCGCUACGACGCCGUCAAGGUGGUUCUGGAUAUACUGAUGACUAGGGGUAUCCUUGAGCAAAGAGCAUGUCUGGACACUCUUUUAGCAUUGCUGGUGGAUUGUUCCAAAAAUCAGAUGGAUUUUAAGGAACAAUAUGGGCUAAAUAAAAUCGCGAAUAUUGUUAAAGAUUCAGACAGGGAUGACCAUGUAAGGUUCAAAUGUUCAGAGUUUCUGCUUCUUUACUCUGAAAAUGCAGAAGAAAAUUGUGGUGUGGCUUUCAAGUCUAAUAUACAAGAAGAUCUGAAAAAACUCUUUGGAGAAAAAUGUGCAUCAUUUAUCUGUUCAUUGAACCUUUUCAGCUCAGCUCUGGAUUCACAAGCGAGGCAAUCUGAGCUGAGCUUUCUUGCACAGCAGGUGUUGUAUUACAUGCAGCCAUACUGAAGAGGAUUAUCAGAAUGCUACUGCCUCCAUAUAAAUGCAGUGCAGCCAAACUAAAGAGGACCAUCUGUAUGGUAUUGCCUCCAUAUAUAUGCAGUAAUUCAGUAGUCGAAGAUGGAGUUCCAGUACUCGAAAAUCUAUAUUUCCGAGCAUUAAUUUGGUUAAUUAUUACUGGUGUUACUAUAUCACCUAAAUUCUUAGGUUUCUUGGUUUAAAACCAUUGUACAGUGUAAAAGGGAAAAUGCAACAAGUUAACAAGUUUGUACUGUUCAUGUGCACAAUGCACAUUUAUUUCUA